AUGGAUCAGAUCAAGAAGCGCAUGGAAGCUCUCCGCGUCGAGGCGGAUGAGAGCAGCGCCAAAGCCGAGGAGUACAAGGCCAAGAUCAAGCAGCUCGAGUCGGAGACGACACAGAAGGAGCAGGAGAUCACGUCGCUGACGCACAAGAACUCCGUUCUCGAGAGCGAGGUGGAGAAGCUUGAGGGGCAAGUCAAGGUCCACAAGGACGAAGCUGGUGCAGGUGCUCAGGCCGGCACCCAGGCCGAGAGCCUCCAGCGCAAGAUCCAAGUUCUCGAGGAAGAAGCUGAGGAAUCGGACAGGACUAUCCGCGAGCUCAACGAGAAGCUCCGCCAAACCGAUGUCAAGUCCGGCCACUACGAACGCAAAGUCCAAGCCCUCGAGCAGUCCCGCGACCAGUGGGAAACCAAGUACGAAGAGAUGGCCAAGAAAUACGCCGACACCAAGAAGGAGCUCGACGACUUUGUCAAGGAGAUCGGUAACAUCUGA